GACGCCCACCCGUUUCACCCGGGAGAAACCCCCCGCAAAACGAGCGAAGCAAACGCAAAGCAAAGGGAGCAGCAAGGGAACCCGGACAGUUUCUCUCGUUCUCCCACUCGCUUUGGCCCUCGCCUUCGCCUCGCUUCCGACCUAGGGCAAGGGCAUUCCGUCCGCCCGACCUCCUCGCCGUCGGCCGUCCGCGGAAGCCAUGUCGGACGUCGGCUGCGGCUGGGACUUCCUCGACUGGGUCGGCCCGGACCUCGCCGCCUCCGCCUUCGGCCUCCUCGACCACCCCGCCGACCUCGUCCGCGCCGCCGCCGUCUCCCGCUCCUGGCGCCGCUGCGCUGUGGAGAGCGGCGUGUGCAAGAGCCUGUGCGUGAAGCUAUGCCCGGAGGCGGCCGUAUUCACCAGCGCGGUGGAGGUGAGCCGAUCCCCGCCGACGGCCGCCGAGUCCAGCAGCGGCGGCGGGAGCGGCGGCCGCGAAGACGACGCCAGGAGCCAGGAGAGCCAGUUCAGGAUAUUCUCCUGCCUCUGCGGCGCGGUCCUGCACUCCACCACCAAGCCCGACGCCGACUGCAUCCAGAACUGCUUCGGCGCCUCCAGCACCGACAACUUCCCCGACGAGAGCAUGGACAGCACCCUCCAGCCUCAGGACCGCAUCAACCUCAACCCGUCCUACUGGUCCAGCGGCGGCCAGGACGACCCCGACGUGCCCGAGUCCCUCACCUACAAGCUCGCCUCUGAUAUCUGCGUCGUCCGUGAGAUCAAGCUGCAGCCGUUCAAAGCAUACUUUCAGAUUGGAUUUCCAAUUUACUCUCCAAAGAUGGUACGGUUUCGCUUUGGCCACUGCAAGCUUCCUCAUGGAACAGAAUCAUAUCUCACGGAUGAGGAUGAGAACCUGGCAAUGAUCGCUGAUGAAAAUUACGUGUGGACUUACACCUCGCCAGAGUUCCCUGUGUUGCAGGAAAAUAUGCUACAAUCGUUUAGACUUCCGCGCCCAGUCCUUUGCAUUGGUGGUGUAGUGAAGAUUGAACUGUUGGGCAGAGUGCAGAAGCAAGCAACAGAUGAUAAGUACUACAUAUGUGUGUGCCAUGCUCAAGUGGUAGGACGUUCACUUUCACCUGUCUUCGUGGUUGACAUCGCUGAUGCUGGUGGGCAUGCAGUCCUCAAGUACUCUCCGGGUGUCAGGAACCUAGGCGCUGAGGACGUGAAGCAGGAGGAUGCUAGGGACUCUACGGAUUGGCACUCGCUCGUGGCGAGGUACAGGCAGGUGCGACAUCUAGCAAUCAUGAAUGUUCUUCUUGGGCCUCCACAGAGUAUGGAAGAAGACGAUGCAGGCGUCGUCUCAGAUGACGACCCAUUCGAGUAGGCUGGGCUGCAGCCAAAGAAACCGCUUUUACCGUUUUAUAGUCCCCCUUGAAACAUGUCUCGAGUCGGAACUUGUUGAUCCUUGUGUAAACUGGUCGAGAACAUAUAGCAUACCUAGUCCUGAACAUAGUCAGGUGGUUGUGGAAACAGAGAUGCGAGUACAGAGUUUUUAUAUCAUGGUUUACAACUUUGCACAAUCAUGGUCGUCGUUGUAAGC